UGUAUAAAUGAGCCAACGUGAUUGUAAUUUAUAACCACAGGGCGAAACGUUACUUUCCUUUGCUGAAGAAUCGAUCGAAUUUUCUGAAUUCUACUACACACGUCUCUUCUACAUUGCCGAUGGCCUCACCGGCGAUCCAUUUUCUGCUUCCGGCGGUGAGGAUGCUGAGUCCGUGACCGUGGCCUGAAUCCGGAUCAUCCGAGCGGCGGCCAUGAGACUCGUGGUGCCUCUCCAAGGUGUUGUUCAAGGCAGAGGGGGCCUCCUUCUGGGCUCUCUGAUCCCCUGCGCUCUCUUCUACUUCCUCCAGCUCUAUCUCAAGCGGCACCGUUCCGAUGGAUCUUCCCGGAUUCCUCUAUCUCCUCCGCCAUCGGAGAUCCCACCAACGACCAGUGUUCAAGUGUCAAACCUCGCGAAUUUUCUUGCGGAAUUUGAUGAUUCGCCGGAUGACAUUGGGUUGCAGAGCCUGGCUCAGGAUUCUUAUGAUCAUGAUAGAUUCACUAAUCCAGAUAAGAUGAUUCAGCUGAGCUCGUCCGAGAACAAGCUCUGCUUGGAUCUAAUUGAGAAGUGGUUAUCAGAGAACUUGAAGAAAUCGCUAGUGGGGACUGAUGAUUUCACUCUAAGUGUCAAUGGGAUUGCAACUUAUCAACCAUUUGAUGGAUUGGAGGAAUUGAAAAUGGCCAUGUCAAAUUUUAUGUCUCGGGUGAUGGGAGGGAUGGUGAAAUUGGACCCAUCAAAUAUGGUGCUUACUUCUGGAGCUACUCCUGCUAUUGAGAUGCUAUCUUUCUGCUUGGCAAACCAGGAAGAUGCUUUUCUUGUCCCGGCACCUUAUUAUCCAGGUUUCGACAAGGAUGUGAAAUGGCGAGCCAGAGUAAACCUUAUACCAGUUCACUGUCAAAGCGAGGACAAUUUCACUCUAAGCAUCGCUACUCUUGAAGAAGUUUACCGUCAAGCUGAGAAACGCGGAGUCAAAGUUCGGGGACUUCUCUUUUCCAACCCUGCAAAUCCUGUAGGCAAUCUGCUGACACAGGACAUGCUCAAAAGUCUGGUGCACUUUGCUAAAAAUAAAAACAUCCAUAUCAUCGCUGAUGAAGUACUUGCAGGAUCAGUAUAUGAAGGAGAAAAGUUCGUGAGCUUAGCUGAAGUUCUUGAUUCAGAAGGUCUAGAUAAGAAUCGAGUUCAUAUAAUAUAUGGCCUCUCAAAAGAUCUAUCACUUGCAGGCUUUAGAGUAGGGGUUAUAUAUUCAUUUAACAACACUGUUCUGGCUGCUGCUAGGAAGUUAAGUAGGUUUUCUUCUAUAUCUGCUCCUACACAGAGGUUAGUUAUUUCAAUGCUUUCAGAUAACAAAUUUAUCCCGGAGUAUUUUGAAACUAAACAGAAGAGAAUAAGACAAGUGCGUGAUGAACUUGAGGCCGGUUUAAGUCAUCUAGGAAUCAAGUGUGCAAAGAGCAGUGCUGGUUUGUACUGUUGGGCCGAUAUGAGAGGAUUGUUAAGGAAACCUCAUAAUGAGAGAAGAGAACUUGAGUUAUGGAAGAAGUUUAUAAGUGUUUCUAAGAUCAUUAUAACUCCUGGAUCAGCCUGUCAUUGUAUUGAACCAGGAUGGUUUGGAAUUUGUUUUUGUGAACUAACUUCAGAAAACAUUCCUGUAAUUAUUGAAAGGAUUAGGAAAGUUGUUGAAACUUGUAAAUCUUCCUGUUAAAGGUCCCUUAUUAUUUUUCAUCAACAUUAAUAAAGCCAUCUACAUAUAUGCAUGUUCAAGCA